UACUGCCCUUCUCCCGAUCGUCGUCCUCCUCCUCGUCGCAGCUUCAUCGAUCCAUCCAACAAUGGCGGCAGAUCACGCGAAACAACUUGCAAGAAAAUGCGGGGAUGUUCGGGUGCAGGACGAGAGCAAAUACAUCAAGAGCUACGCGAGGAUCUUGCAAACCAUGCAAAAAGGCAUGGAUACUAAGGGGUUCGCGACGGGUGAAGAUGGUCAGCACCCUAACAGGCUUUACGUUCUGUCCCAGUGCUGGGACGGUCUGUCUAAAGAUAAUUGCAGCGCAUGUUUCUCGUAUAUUAGUUCCAAAUUGUUCAGUUGCUUCCCCUCCACCAGCGGCCGCCUUUUCAUCGACGGUUGCUUCAUGAGAUUCGACAAUUACAGCUUCUUUCAAGAAAGCACUUCAGAUUCCUUCAAGAUAAGGAACUGCAGCAGUGUCAUCGGUCGAUCCGAACAAUACACUCGUUCAACGAACCAGUUGAUAAAUAAUUUGGUAGAGAUUGCGCCAAAGAACAAAGGGCAUGCAGAUGAAGAGGUGGCGUUAGAUACUUCAUCAGUCUAUGGCAUCGCUAGUUGCUGGAAGACUUUGAACAGGGAGCAAUGCACUGAAUGCCUGAUGGAAGCCGGCGCCGCCGUCUCGAAAUGCCUGCCGGCGGCGCACGGCCGUGCAUUCUACACCGGCUGCUUUCUGCGUUACUCAAGUUCUCCCGUCUCCUACAAGUAUCGCUCACUCCCAAAGCGAGAUACGGUUGUUCUAUACUUUGCUUAUACUCUUGGAGGAUUUGGGGUCUGCAUAUUCGCAGUUCUGAUUGGAAUAUCUGCGGGUAAACGCUUAUACAAGAGACAGCGAAAUGCCAAGGACGAAACACAUCAUCAGGGCUUGGCGACGCAAUCGCUGGCAAUGAUUAGCUUGAGAUUCAAGUUCUCAACUCUACAGAAAGCAACCGAUGAUUUCAGUGAAGCUCGCAAGAUCGGUCAAGGUGGAUACGGUGAAGUGUUCAAGGGAUCAUUGCCAGGCGGCAGAGAAAUCGCCGUGAAGCGGCUGUUCGGAACCGGAAAAUAUCAAACUGAAUUGGUUUGCAAUGAAGUGGACAUCAUUUGUCAAGCCCAGCACAGGAACCUUGUUCGUUUGCUGGGUUGUUGUUUCACUACCGAGAGCCUCCUUGUCUAUGAAUUCCUCGCGAAUGGAAGCCUUGAUCACACCCUAUUUGAUCCGGAGAAGAAGAAAGAAUUAGACUGGAAAAAGAGGCUCGGAAUCAUCAAAGGAAUAGCCGAAGGUUUAGAGUUUCUUCACAAAGAUGCUCAAGUUCAGAUCGUUCAUAGAGACAUCAAAGCAAGCAACAUCUUGUUGGACACAAAAUAUAGACCCAAAAUCGCGGAUUUUGGUCUGGCAACCUUUCAGUCAAAAGACCAAAUCUUCAGCAACACACCCAUAGCAGGCACAUUAGGUUACAUGGCUCCUGAAUACCUUUCCCAUGGAAGGUUAACUGAAAAAGUAGAUGUUUAUAGCUAUGGAGUUCUCGUCCUUGAAAUAGUCAGCGGUGUCCAGAACAACAAAUAUGAUUCUGAGAAUACCCUCGGCACACUUGUUGCCACCUGUAAAUCUCUCUCUCUCUCUCUAAUAAACAAAUGAUCAUUAUUAAUUUUGUGGGUUUUUUUUUAAUGAAUGGUUACAAGCUUAAUCAUACUCCUCGUUGUACAGACAUGGAAGCUGUUCAAGGCAAACAGAGCAGAAGAAAUUAUAGACAAAAGCAUGGAGAUUGAAGAUGUUGAAGAAGUUCUGAGAAUAGUUCAGAUUGGGCUAUUGUGUACCCAAGAGUCGACGUUUAUGAGGCCUUCCAUGAGACAGAUAGUUCAAAUGCUUAAGCAAAAGGAUUCGCAUUUGCCUGCUCCAUCGAAGCCGCCUUUCACAGAUGAAUCUCUAACAAUAUCAGAUUUGUUGGGCUCUUCACACCACCAUUAUAUUUCAGUUGAUUUGUGUAAAUCCUGUGAUGUCCUUCAUUCCGAUCAAAGAUGACAUUCAUGUUUAUUUCAUUACCUCGAUCCUUGCCUCCUUUUUGGCUUAAAUUUAAAUCUUUUUUUUUUUUUCAUUUUAUUAUGUCAAAUUCUUCUAAAUUACUUUUGAGGACACUUGAAUCCACGUGAAUACCAAUGAACAGCCCCAUAUUGAAAAACAAUCUAUAAUAUCGUAGAUGAGAAACAUAAUUACAUUUGAAAACUAGAAAACAGUUACCUCAGUAAGCAUGACAAAAUAUACAAUGACUUUUGGAGAACUUGUUACUACUCUUAAGAGCAUUGGCAAUGGAUUGAACGACAUCAGAAAGUGUCAAAAGUGAAUUAUUAACCCAUCUC